AGCACUUGAAUGCAACAUUAGGCAUGGCCGUUCGUUGUCACUGACACACCAUAUGGACUUGUGAGCUUUCUUUGGACAUUUUUAGGACUACGUAAACUCGUCAGAAACUGGGAUUUAACGUGAGGCUCGACGCUUCACUUGCUGAUAUGGGUUAGCUGUUGUGAUUUUGGUCACGUUUUUAAAAAAGCACUUAGUUUUGUCUAGUCAUUAUUUUUCCCCCCCACACUAAAAAUGUACAGUUCAACAUCGACCAAGGGACGUGAGCUGUUGGAGGACUGUUCUGGAAGUGGCAGUAACCUUUUGCUUCACCGAAACAUCAACUCCAUCAGUAGACACGAGGUUGAGACGAACAUAAGUCUGUUUAGUUUGGCAAGCGAAGAGGAUGAUGAUGAUGAAGUCCAGUUUGACACUUCAGACACAGAUGAUAAUGGGGAGGUGAUAAUGGCCGGUAGACAUUAUCCAUCCAUUCAGGAUUUUGCUUCAGCGAUCCCCAACCACCUUCUCCUGGGGUCUCUGCUGGAGCACCUGUGCUACGUCUACGAGAGCAACCCAGCUCGCUCACGCAUGCUGUUUACAGUCAUUGGUCAGCAGUUAGCAGCCAUGAACCUCCUCUCACCUUUGGCCAUCAGCGAUGAGUUCAGCACGGUCAGACUGCAGCACAACCGAGCGUUCACGGAGCUGCUCCACGCUGCCAGCUCCACACUGUAUCCACAGGGCCAACAACGUCUCAGCCCAAACACACACAAUCUGACCAUAAAACAGAAGGAUGGACUGUUCCAGGCACAGACGUCCAGGUACCUUGGAGAAUUUGAAGAAACAUGUAGGCUUGGAAAAGGAUCCUAUGGGAACGUUUUUAAGGUCAUGAACAAACUGGAUGGACAGUUUUACGCUGUGAAGAAAAUCCUCAUCAAAAAAGUCUCAAAGGAAGACUGCAUGAAGGUCCUGAGGGAAGUCAAAGUGUUGUCCAGCCUGCAGCACGUCAACGUUGUGGGUUAUCACACUGCGUGGAUGGAGCACGUUCAGCCUGCAACAUCUCCUGAGUCUCACCUGCCAGCACUAGAAUCUCCAGAGAAUCCAGACAGUUCUAAUGAGAGCGCUGACAGCAGAGACAGCUACUCUAUCGUUUUCCAAAGCCUCAGUCAGGCACAGACGGAGGCUGUCCCGAGUGCCAAAGGACCCCUGAAGGAGACCCUGACAGCCAAAGCUUUAGAGAAGGGACAGGUGGUGUGCCCCAAGACAAUGCGCCGCAUCCCAGAGAACUACGUCCCCUGUGUGUUCUUGGGACAGCAAGGACCAAUGAACGCCCCCAGAUGUCCCGCCACUGACUUGGACAGUUCAGCCCUGCUGGAGGAGGACUUCAGCGUGAGCAGCAUCGAACUGAACAACAACUCCUGCAUGGAGAAGGAACAACCACAGCAAGCUAACAAACGCACAACAAAGCCUUCCAAAGAGGCACAGUUCCAGCUGAUGCUCUACAUCCAGAUGCAGCUGUGUGAGCGCUCACUGAAGGACUGGAUCUCUGAAAGGAACAACAAGCCUCUCCCAGAACAAACCUCAAGAACUCCAUAUGGGUGUGUGGAUGCUGAACACACACUCAGCCUGCUGAGGAGGAUACUUGAAGGAGUGGAGUACAUUCACUACAAAGGAAUCAUGCACAGAGACCUGAAGCCCAGGAACAUUUUCCUUCAUGGCCAUGACUGCCAUGUUCGGAUAGGGGACUUUGGUUUGGCCUGCAGCAAUAUGAUAGUGGACGGCCAUAAAAGCACCACCUCUCUCAGAAGUGAUUCUUCCCAUACUACAGGUGUUGGCACAUUUGUUUACGCUGCACCAGAACAACUGAAUGGCUCACAUUAUGACUCAAAGUCGGACAUGUACAGCAUUGGGGUGCUGGCUCUGGAGCUAUUUCAGCCAUUUGGGACAGAGAUGGAGAGGGUCCAGACCCUUAAGGACCUGAGUGAGGGGAAAAUCCCUGACUCUUUCAGCCAAAGAUGGCCACUCCUGACUAAGUACAUCCUUAACCUGACGAGUAAAGAGCCCAGUGUUCGUCCAACGGCCAGCCAGCUUCUACAGAGUGAACUCUUCUGCAGUAAAGACAUAGUGAUCCAUGGUUUGCAGAAAAAGGUUGAAGAGCAGGAGGAAGAGAUCAUGCUGCUGAGGAGACAGAUCAGUCGACUUCAGAGUUCACAAGUCACAGUACAUUUCUCUGAACUGGACAACACCUGAGACUUCAUCAUCUCAACCAACAAAGACUGACAAAACUUGAUUUCUUAAUCACUGCUGUACUGUUUUGUUCACAGGCACAAGUGGUUUAGAGAGUGUGUGUGUGUAAGUAUUUGAGUGUGUGUCUUGUGAAUGAUGUACAGGUGCAAUUAUUUAUCCUCAUUUAGCUGUUGAAUUAAACCUAUUUCUGCCAUGA